AUGUCACAAUCAAACUCCCAUGGGCAAAGCAAUCUAGCAAAGUUUGCGUUCAACAUAUACGGAACUUUAAGUACUAAUAGCAGCACUCCUCAAUCUCAUGAGAUAUCGCCGUCAUCAUCCUUAAGUUCAUCAAGAUCCAAAAAACAAACAAGUCAGUAUAAUACUCAAGACACGAACAAUAAUAGACUAAGUUAUUAUUGUGAUAAGGAAAUAAUAUCAUUGUCCCAAUUGAAUUGCUCACUACUGAUUGGAGGCUAUAGUGGAGAUUUGCAACACCAUGUUGUAAUUGGAGGAAAAAACUAUCUUCGACUAUUGUGUGUUUCUGAAUCUCAGCAACGAAUAAUUAGUGGCAUUAAUUUACUUGAAAGUAAAUCAAUUUAUAACUCCCGUGCUCCAAAUAAAUUGAUAAAUGUAAACACGAUAAAGACUUUUGCGGACACCAUAGCAACUGGAUUAUCGAAUGGGGUAGUUUCGAUUUAUAAGAUAUCGCCAAAUGGACAAAGCAAGGUGACUGGCAAGUAUUCCGAUCAUAAUCGAACCAUAAAUUCUUUGGAUUUCAUUGAAUCAGAAAAUCAAUUGCUAUCUGGAUCUCAAGAUGGGACAAUCAAAUUAUGGGAUUUGAGGAGCUCUUCUACAAAGCCAGUCAUGACAGUCCAAGCAAAUUUGCAUUCUGACCCUAUAAGAGCGUGUCAGUAUUCUCCUCACUCCGCAGUUAGGAACAAGAUUUGUGUAUUAUCAGUUCACGAUUCUGGUGCAUUAUGCAAGUUUGAUUUGAGAACGAAAAGUGGCGGGAAAGUCUAUAGCCCCGAGAAAAAAUGGAAUUUGCAUACAGGGCCGGCGUUGUCUUUACAUAUUCAUCCAGAAAAAGAGCUUGUGGUGACUGGUGGUAGAGAUAAAAGAAUCUCUAUUUUCAAUUAUGGCGAGAGACAGUCAAGAAAUACUCCACAAAACUUGAUCAACACUUAUGGUCCUGUUGUGAAGGUCAGAUGGAGUACAUAUACAAAUACAGAAGAAACUGCAGAAGAAUUCGAAGAAAACAAACAAGCAAAACCAAAUACAUUAUAUAAUUACGAUAUUGCGUGUCUGUAUCUAAACGAUGAUCCUACCAUCACGAUUUACAAUUUAGGAAGAAAAUUUAUCCCAAAACAAAUAAUCCAUUCCAAAAAACCCAUUCAGAACUUUAUAUGGGCACGAAAUGAAACUAGAUCCCGAAAAAUUUGGACGAUAUCCAAAUCUAGCACUUUUAGUUCUUACAACCUUGAUAGAUUGGAAGACAGUGACGUCAGUCGGCCAAUAGAAGAUUUGAAUAACAUUGCCAUGACCUGGGAUAACAACAACGAUUUCUGUGCGGUUAGUCAAGCAAGGUAUGAUUAUGAUCUAGAGACUUAUGAGAAUGGCAUUAAUGAAACCACUGAGGAAAAUUUUGAUGCAGAGAGGAAUUAUAGUCUCGGCAAUGAAGAGUUAAUUCACAGCCAAGCAAAUUCUCUUACCGCAUCCCCGGUUGAUAAGCCACAAUUAACGAGAUCUUUGACAUUUAACCCAGCACUGCUGUUUUCAACAUUUUCUCCAGUUCUUGUAGCUAGAGCUGCCACCGGUUUUUUGCAGAACGACCUGGCCACAUCAUCAUCGUCUAUUCCAAAUAUGCAAGUGUCAUCUUCGAGACCUAAGUUGACUCGCAACACAUCCCAAACAACUCAAGAUUCGUCUUCUUCUCAAUUUGCUUCAGUUUUACCACCUCCAUCUGCCUCCCAAACUUAUUCUAGCCCGCAGUAUAAAAAGAAUAAUCCACCUCGCUUUAUGAAUAAUCCAGCUUAUGUCAUACCAGUGUCGAUUCCAAUUCCUGCAAAUGAUGAAUACGUUUUUAGAAAAUUGUCAAGCGAGUCUUUAGUGAGCACCCCAGAUGGUUUUACAUUGGUAGAUGUGUGUUUAUUAAAUGCUUCUGUUGCUGCUAGUGUUGGUAACAAUAGAACAAGUCAAAUUUGGAGACUUUUGGCAGUCAGCAUACAAGAGGAAUUUGAGUCAGGGAUUGAACCAAGGAGAAUCUAUGCCUUUCAACCAGAAGCUAUCAAUAAGCUACCCCAAGACGUACAGGAGACAUCGACAAACGCUAAUGACACACUCCACGCAGAGACUACCAACAGCAAUUUUGUUGAAUCAUUCAAAUCCACAUCAACUCUGGGCUCGCAGUUUGGCAAACAAAGUGACAAGGAUGAGAGAAAAUUGCAAAGCAAAAAUAGUUCCGGUAAUCUAAUGGAUAUGAUUAAUAAGGCCAACAGAACGAACAGCUUUUCGGCGACAAGUUUUAAAUUUAAAGAACAGGAGCGCAAAGAGGACGAAUCACAGAAAGCCCAAAGCAUUAAGGAUGAGAACGAAAGAGCAAGUAUACACUCCAAAUCAGCCCCAAUUCUGAUUAGUUCCCACCCAGAGGAUUUGGAUGAUGAAAACAUGGGUAGCAACAACUCUGCCGCGUUAAAGUUUAGUCCACCUUCAGUAGGAGUGUCCAUUCCAUCAACCAGAAUAAUUUCAAGCUCGUUGGCUUCGUCUCCAAAAUCAGUAAGAGGGCCAAGUGGUGUAAAACUGCACAUUAGCAGGAGUCGACCCUCUCCGCCUGUACAGACGUGGUUGAAACAAAAGAAUUUGGAAGUGUCCAACGGGCUGGCAAUGGCUAGUACUUCAGGAUUAUCUUUGACAUUAAAGAGAAACAAAACCAACGAGGAAGGUGAUCAGCUCACCAAAGCUUGGAAGUUUAAAAGCUUGUUAAGAAAAUCUUUAGAUUAUGCCACUCUUCAAGGAGACAUAAUUUUCUGCUCGACAGCAGCACUACUAUUUUAUGAUAUUGUUCCUGAAAUAAUAUCACAAUUCGAAUGCUUGGAGUGGCUAGGUAUUUACAUUGAGGUUUUGCAAAGAAAGCGAUUAUUCGUUAAUGCUAUAAAUGUAAUAAAAUGUGCUACAGCAGAUAUACAGGAAAAAUUACAAAAGUUGUAUUGCCAGGACUUGAGUUUGCGGUUUUAUUGUUCCAACUGUCAGGCAUUAUUAGUUAAUGAAAAAUCCAAGUUUUCUGGCAAGGGUGAGUUUGGGUAUUGGUAUUGUGAUGAGUGUAGCAAAUUACAGCUGCAGUGUGUUUACUGCAAUGAGCCAUGCAAGGGUUUGGCGGUAACUGUAGGGUUGAAGUGUGGGCAUCAUGGUCAUUUUGGAUGUCUAAAAGAAUGGUUUAUUGAAGACCAAAACACCGAAUGCCCAGGUGGGUGUGGCUACCAGAUAAUAUAG